GACAUGUUCAGUUGUAUUUUAAAAGUAGAUCAAUUCUAACAGAACAUACCUGACUAUUUUUUGUUUUUUUUAAUGAAAAAAAAAUAAGUUUUUGUAAUUUUCUAUUCAAAAUUCAAAGAAAAAAAUAUCUCGUUAGUAAUUUGGCUAUCCGUUUGAAUUCUAAAAUCCAAAUCCUCAAGAGGUAUCAAAAUUUGUCAUUAUCUUGGCUUAAAAUUUUCUGCAAAAACUGAAGGAAUCAAAAAAAAAUUAUGUCUGGCGUACGAAGAUCACCGUUAAAGUUGUAUCACUCCUAUGGCAAAGCAGUGCUUAGUGCAUUUCGGCUUUUGAGCGCUCGAAACGCGUGCAGCGAUGGGACGGUGAAUAGCAAAGGUCUCGUUUUGGGAUUAUAUCAAAAAGAAGGCGAAAAGGAUCCACGACUGACGCCGGCGGGUCUCAAGUUUGACGAUCGUUUGAAUGGUAAACUAAAGCAGUUAAUCUGUGAAACGAAACUCGAUGGAAGAUUGGGACGUGGCAAGGUCUUUCACAACAUUGAUCCCGAAUUUAGUGCCGUUGCCAUAGUGGGCGUGGGCCUGGAGGGGAUUGGUUUCAAUGAACUCGAAAUGCUCGACGAGGGUAUGGAGAAUGUACGUAUAGCAGCUGGUGUGGGCGCUCGUUCCUUGCAGAAAGAAGGGGUUCGAUUUGUGUCGGUGGACGCCAUGGAUUAUGCCGAACAGGCGGCCGAAGGCGCCACUCUGGCUGUGUGGAAAUACACGGAUAAUAUUACCAAGGGACCCAAACCUCUAGUCCCGACAGUGGAAAUGUGGGACUCGCCCGAUUCAGAAGGCUGGGUGCGUGGUGUGUUUAAGGCGGAAGCCCAGAAUUUGGCAAGACGUCUGAGCGACUCUCCAGCUAAUUGCAUGACACCUACGCAAUUCGCUCAGGCUACUGUGGACGCCCUGUGUCCUUGCGGUAUUACCGUGGAGGUGAGAACCAUGGACUGGAUCGAGGGUCAGAGAAUGAAUGCAUUCCUCAUGAUAGCCAAAGGAAGUUGUGAGCCUCCAGUGAUGCUAGAGAUAAGCUACUGUGGCACUUCCCCCGAAGACAAGCCCAUACUGUUUGUGGGCAAGGGCAUAACUUUCAAUUCAGGAGGAAUCAAUCUGCGUCCCUGCAAGGGAAUGGACGAAUAUCGAGGCAGUAUGUCGGGAGCAGCUGCCUGUGUGGCCAUGAUGCGUUGCGUUGCCGCCCUCUCACUGCCCAUUAAUGUGUCCUGUGUUAUUCCCCUGUGCGAAAAUAUGCCUUCGGGCAUGUCCUGCAAGCCAGGCGAUGUGGUUCGUUUGCUUAAUCACAAGUCCAUGGCCAUACGCGAUCUGGACAAAGCAGGAGUAGUUGUUAUGGCUGAUCCCUUGCUAUAUGGCCAGAACACGUAUAAUCCACGUCUUGUCGUGGAUGUGGCUACGCUGGGCAUGGGCGUUAAAAAAGCUUUCGGAGGCGGUGCCUCUGGCAUUUUCUCUAACUCACACUACAUCUGGAAGCAAUUCCAACGGGCUGGCUCCCUAACCGGUGACCGUUUAUGGCGUAUGCCUCUAUGGCAAUACUACAAACGACAGAUUAUCGAUGAACUGUGCUACGAUCUGAGCAAUGAUGGUCGCGGCCUUGCUAGUUCCUGCAUUGCGGCGGCUAUUCUCCAUGAGCUGGUGCCCUGUGUGGAUUGGGUGCACAUUGAUACUCGUGGCACUGGAUUGUUAAGUACUUAUGGAUUGAUACCCUAUUUGUCUGCCCGCCGUAUGACAGGAAGACCCACCCGUACUCUAGUCCAGUUCCUCUACCAGAUGGCUUGUCCCGAAGUAAAAUAAACUCGAACCAUAAGCUUGCACGCAACACAUAUGUGAUGUGAGUAAUGUAAAGCGUAGAGUAAUUCAUCUAGUUGGACUGUUUUAGAGAGGUAUACAUAUUUUUCGGCGUAUCAUUUUAUUAAAUGAGGGAAGGUAUUAAAAAUGCCCAGCUUUAAUUUGCCGACGCUUUUUUGAUUCCUUCCCAGCAGUCAGUCUAUAGUA